AUGGCACCCAUGCGGCAGCAGCAGCAGCAGCAAUCACUGCCCCAUUUCGAUGAAGUGGAUUCGAGCACUUUGAAGAGGUUCCUGGCCGAGUCGCUUGGUGGUGGGGAGGGGGUACCGGCAGUAAGCCACGCCGUGGCGCGGUCGGUGAUCGAUCAGAUUGUUCAACGUGCUCUUCAACAGCUGAUUUCAUUCGGUAUACCCAUCGCGGCGACUAGCGCGAUCCGAGACCUACAGUACGACCUUGGUGGCAGUCGACAGCCGGUGAACGAGAACUGGUUCAAGGCGUACAAGUGGGCCGUGGUGCUAAUAGUUAUCUCCUCCGUGAUCUGUUUCGCAGUGGUGGCCCUUGUGUUGGGGCGCAUCGUUCUCGAGCGCCACCGUGAAGCCCAGGAGAAGGCGAAUGGGACGCGUUGCAGUGACUCGGAUGACGACAGCACGCAUUCCCUCAGGGGGCAUUUUACAAGGUCAUUCUCGAUGCACGACAGCCAUUCGGAGGUGGAGGACUACUCCUCUUUCUCCGACAGCUACGAUGACGAGGGUGAAGAGGACGAGUGGCAUAGCCGCAAUGACUGGCGUGGCGAGCAUCAUGGACGCCCGUGA